AUGGCCACCACCAUCACCGAGGAGGCUUCUCCGCUCCCGGCAACCAUAGCACCCAGCAGCCCUGAAUUGGAAACUAGCGUAGAACCCGGCUCCAGCAACAGAAAACUGAGCCCAGCAAGGACCCAAUGUGACAGAGAGGAAAAAAGAGGGAUGAGGAAGAGGAUGGAAGGGGGUGGAAGCUCUGUGCCGGGGCUGGAGAACGCAAGAGGGCAGAGUCUGGACCCGGAGUGGGUGGAGGAGAGGUUCAGGAUCGACAGGAAGAAGCUGGAGAACAUGUUGUAUGCUCCAAAGCAUGGAGAUGGUGAGACAGGAGAGGAGUUUUUUGAGAGAGUGAUGAGAGAAACUGACCCUCAGGUGAAAUGGCCGUCCAAGCUGAAGAUUGGAGCCAAGUCAAAGAAAGAUCCACAUGUAAAGGUAGAGGGGAAAAGAGCCAAUGUUUCUGAAGCCAAGAAGAAGAUACUAGAAGUGCUGGAAACCAGGAUCAACAAGGUGACUUUAAAGAUGGACGUGGCCUACACAGAGCACUCCCACGUGAUCGGGAAAGGUGGUGGAAACAUCAAAAAGGUGAUGGAGGUCACAUCUUGUCACAUCCAUUUCCCCGACUCCAACCGCCACAACGGGACGGGAGAGAAAAGCAACCAGGUGUCCAUCGCUGGACCCAUAGAGGGAGUAGAGGAAGCCAGGAGGAGGAUAAGAGACCUGCAGCCAUUGUCCUUGACCUUUGACCUCCCAGUCAGCCUGGUGCCCCAGGCUCUGCCAGAUGCAGGCUCCCCACUCAUCCAGCAGGUAGUGCAGACUCUGGGGGUCAGUGUGAGCUUCCGGGCCGUUCCGCCUCAUCCUCAGGCGCAACCCAACUUCUAUGAAAGCUGCUGCACCGUCUGGGGCCUGCAGGGCAACGCAGCUGCUGUCAAGAAGGCAACCUGCAUCCUGAUGGAUCUGCUGCUGGGGUCAGAGGUCACAGGCGGCAUAGUGAGCAGCCAGAUGGAUGUCACCUCCCAGCAGCAUCUCUUCCUGUUGGGGCAGAAUGGAGCUCACUUCUUGAGCCUCAUACACCAGACCCAGACUCAGAUCAUCCUACCAGACCUCAGCGCGCCUCAGAGCCCUCCGUCGCUGCUCACAGGCAGCCCCGACGGAGUGUGUCUAGCUCAGCAGCAGCUUAUGGACUGUCUGCCUGUGUGUUUGAUGUUUGACAUGCGUGAAGACGGGGAGGCAGAUUCUUGUAAACUGGCUCAGAUGAUGCAAAACCUGGGAGUCUUCAUUAGUGUCAAGCCCAAAGUAAAACAGACCAGCAAGUCAGUGGUGGUGAAAGGUCUGGAAAGGAACAUCUCCUGUCUUUAUGAGGCCCGCCGCCUGCUCCUCGGGUUGGAUUCCUGUGAGACUGCCAAGGUAACCGAGAUGACCCCUGACCCCAUGCUAGCCGGCAGCGGGCUGACCCACUAUUGGCUCAACAUGUUGCUGCAGCAGCUUCGUCUCUCUGAGCAGGGCUCUGUGCCAGCUGCCACUCCAGAGGUGGCUAACUGGCACUAAGUUCGCCCCUCACCUCCACCAGGCCUCAGCCCUCACGCUGAGGAGGGGAGGACAGGACUGAAGGGAACAGACAGCCGGCCGCUGGAGAAGAUCCUAGAAAAUGAGGACCAGUCUGUCCAAUCAGAGGAUGAGAGCUCUAAGAUGGAGCUGAUGUCAUCAUCUGAGGUGUGUGACGCAGUCAGCAGCUUCAGCAGGGUGGGAUUGAUGGGACGGAGAGGGAGUCUCCAGGGUCCUGAGAUUACCAAGGUUUUCGUUCAAGGGAGACGCCAUUCCACAGGGCAGGCGCUAACGUCUUACAGAUUGCUGAACGCAGAGAUGGAUGCAGGGAGGAGUGAGCAGAGGAACAGCCUGAGGAGAGAUGUGAUGCCGGCUCAGGAUAUUUGCGGUGACUCAUCCAAGGAUGAGGAUUAUGACUAUGAGAGGAAGAAACUGCUGGCAACCAGAGCCAUGCAGAGGACGCCUGUUGUCACAGAGGUCCAGACGCCCACAGACACCUGGAGUGGCCUCGGCUUCUCCAAGUCCAUGCCAGCCGAGGCCAUCAAGGAGCUACGCAACAUCAGCCGGCGCAGCUACAAACCCUACCUGAGCAUCAGCAAUAGCCAGCAACAGUCGUGGGCUGCUCAGAUGGGAAAGGUGUACAAUGGGAGCAGCCGUGAGAACUGGAGGGACAGACGUGGAUCCACAUCUACAUCCUUUCCUGUCUCUUCCUCCUCCUCCUCCUCCUCUUCCUCCUCCUCCCCCUCCUCACCCCCGUCUACUUUCACUCCAUCCACCUCCGCCUUCCCCGCAUUCGCAUCCUCAAUGAGUAGAAGCAGAAAUGACAAACCUGUAAGUAGCUUCCCGAGCAGCAGCAGCUACUUUGAAGGUGUGUGCUCAUCGAGGAGGGCCUCAACGUGCAGCCAGCGGAGCCCUUCUCCACAAAUGACAGAUGACCUGCCUGAGCUGCUCAGCCAGCUUGGCCUAAUCAAAUACAUUGAUGUGUUUGAACAACAAGAGAUUGACUACCAGACAUUCCUCACUCUGUCUGAUGAAGAUCUGAAGGAAGUGGGCAUCUCCACCUUUGGAGCCAGACGCAAGAUGUUAUUGGCAAUCUCAGACCUGAACAAGAGCAAGAGGAGGCUCUCAGACACACCCGCGGUGAAGCCCGGCUACCUGGAGGGUGGUGCUAGUGGUCGACUACCGCGCAUCAUGGAUCUAGAAGUUGCUGCUCAGAGUAAUCGCUGGUGAGAGGAGACGCUAGGAGACUCUGAGCUCCAUCUGACUGAGCUGUUCAGCCUCUAAAAAAAGUAUACAGUGAUGCGAGUGCAGAGGUCACAUCUGCUUGUUAUUCACCAUAAAUGGAUGAGCAUGAAUGUAAACAUUUGAGUCCAGUGCCUUUUACUCUACAGCCAUGCCCCAAAGCUUUUUGUACGAAAUCAAGACAAGGAGGUCUUCCCUUCCAAACCUCUGAUUCUACAAGGAACAAACUGGAUGAAACACAAAUGAAUGUUGAUCCUUUGUGGUGUCUUUUAUCAUCAUAAAGUGCCUUUCUUAUGCAAACUAUAACUUCUAUGCUUUCAUGUGUUUAAGCCCGUGUUAACCACUACAUUUAAGCAAUUGUAAAUAGAUAUUUACAAAAAAAAAAUGACAUUAUACUAUGAUAGUCACUAUAAAUAAAAUGUUGCUGUCAAGGUU